GCGACGGUGCGUCAUUCGGAGCGGAGCGAACGGGAGGUAAUUACAGUGGCGGAGUUGAGGGAAUGGCUGUGGCAAAGUGGCUCCGGGAGUACCUGAACUGGGGCAGGCACAAGGGGCGUAACUCUCCUCGGGCAGUGAAGUCGGAGUCUGGGGGCCGGGAAGGGCUCAGCGGGACUCCAGCUCGGGCGGACACCGAGCUUAUGCUCAGAGCUUACCGGCUGCAGAAAGAGCAAGACUUUGAGGAUCCUUACAGCGGUCGGCAGGCGUUCAGCCUGCGGAGAGUAAGGGCUGCCUGGCACAGCCAACUGCCCGAAGAGCCGCCCUUAUACCGCAGCAACAGUGAGAGAGCUAAAACUGGCAACUGCAACUCCUCAAAACAUCGGCUCAUUAAAGUGGACCCUCCCUCCCCGGCACACAGCGAAACCAUGAGCUGGAGCCACAGCAGUAACUGCAAGAAAGUGCAAAAACCCCAGCACAACAACGUCAAGAAAGUACAGAAAGCCCAGCAUAACGACCUUCAGAAAGACACGGUUGUCAUGAGGGAUGACUACUCUGAUCCAUUUGAUGCUAAAAAUGAGUUGAAGAAUCAAGUUGUCAAAAAACGAGAGGUGGACAGCAAUGGUUACAUGGAACCUUAUGAGGCACAAAGAAUGAUGGCAGAGCUGGACAGACAAGAAAACCAGAAGAAAGAAUUUCAGCUUUAUGAUACACCUUAUGAACUUGAACAGAACAAUACAAUCUCAGAUACAGAGGGUGACGCUAGUUAUCUAAAAGAAAGCAAGUUACCACAAGAUGACACAAGGCCGGCAAAGGAAUAUGAUCAGCCAUGGGAAUGGAGUAAGAUUGCAGGCCCAACUCUUGCAGCCCAAGUCAGUGGAUUUCAGAGAAGGCAAUCUGCUCCCUUUUGUGAUAGAUACAGACAACUAAGACCCCCAGGUCGAAACAAACAUGAAGGUCUGGAGUUUCGUGGGAUUAUAGGAGAGACAGUAAAUCCAAACACACCACUGGAGAAACAAGUAUGGUAUCAUGGGGCGAUUAGCAGAACAGAUGCAGAAAAUCUUCUCCGGCUGUGUAAAGAAUGCAGUUAUCUCAUACGAAAUAGUCAAAGCAAAAAGAACAAUUACUCACUUUCACUGAAGAGUAGCCAAGGUUUUAUGCAUAUGAAGCUGACAAGAACUAAAGAUAAAUACAUCUUGGGAGAAAACAGCCUUCCAUUUGACAGUGUUCCCAAGAUCAUACACCACUAUUCUACCAGGAGACUACCAAUUAAAGGAGCAGAACACUUGUCACUGCUCUACCCUGUACCAGUACGAACACUAUAGUAUUUCGUCUCUACUUCAGCUUUCCUCCUAUGGAUGGAUUGAUCCAUUAUUUUAAUGUGUAUGAGUUGUGUAUUAAGUGGCCUUGUUGUAGACACGUUUGCAGACACAUUACUACAUGAUAAGAUUGCGUUUCCUGUGUGAGCACUAUAAAAUUGAUCUACGAGUGAUAUGAAUAUUAUUUUGUUUAGAGAAGUGCCUAAUGUUAAUCCUGCCAAAGUUGUUACUGAUACUUCAUUGAUCUAUGACUAUACUUAAACUCUUCUUCAUCUGAAGUUAGUGAAAUUUGAGACAGUAUGCUGCAGUGUAUGUAAUUCUAUACAACUGGUGGUUAUUUGAGUGUCUGUAAAUACUGUGGUGCAAUAUAUAUGAAUACAUUUUGUAUCACUUUUGGCAAUGUAAUAAUAGUUUGAGAAUUACAACAUGUAAAAGAAAAUAUAUUUUAACUUCCAGUUAGGCACUGGUAUUUUCAUUCUCACUGGUAUAUUAAGAGGAGCAUACAUUGAUUUAGCAACUUGAGAUCUCUGCACUCUACAAAAUACUUCAAGCACUAGUGAAUUCCUUUCUGAGUACAGUCAUUCUGUUGUAACCAAACCUAGCAGCCAAGUAUUACACCACAUGAUAUCAACACUUCAUUUGUAUAUUUGAAUGCUGUACACAUAGGCAUAAGGGCAAAUAUCUCAGAAUACUUUACAUAAGGAAUUCGAGUAAAGGAUAAGUUCAGAACGAGUGGAACCAUCUGGGUGAACAAUGUUUUCUGUAGUCAAACUAGUAGGGUGAAUUAAUCUCAAAGAAUUAACUUUGAGUUUAAGAAAUUAACAAUCAUUCAUGGCUGAGCUAACAUUUAUUGCCUAUCUGCAGUUGCCCUUGCAAAGCUGCAGUCCAUUUGCUGCAGGGAGACACAAUACCAUUAGGGAGGGGGUCAUUACUAUAAGGGAUUUUCAGUUGUGUUAAUAAUGACAAUGUUCAUAUUUUUGCACAGAGUUCUAAACUAAUACUGGCAAAUUCUCCCCUUCUCCCUGACUAUAGUCAGUCUAGAAUUGAACUAGUACUCAUUUCAGUGCAUGUUUCAAUGCUUUGAUCCACAAUCACUAUUUUGUCUUACUUUGUAUGAUUGUAGACAUGUUGAAACUGUUUGCCAUGUUUAUAAUAUACCAACCAAAUGUGUCUGUGUCCAAGUUCCACCCCGAAAGGAAGGAAAACAAUAAAACUUGUGAAUGGC